AUGGCAGUCUUUCAGAACCGCAAAUUUCGUUCCGCGGCCGACUCCAACACAUUUGGCGCGCGCUACCGCUCCAUGAUGGCCAAGCACCCUUUCCUACUCUUCGGCCUGCCCUUCAUGAGCGUCAUUGUCGGCGCCUCCUUUGUCCUAACGCCCGCUACGGCUAUCCGGUACGAGCGACACGACAGGAAGGUUCGGCAGCUGACGCGCGAGGAGGAGCUCGGCGUGGGCAAGGCCGGCAGAAAAGUCGAUAUUAGAGAGGAAUACUACAGGUUGGCCGCCAAAGACAUUGAUAAUUGGGAGCAGAAGCGUGUCAAGAGACUGAAGGGCGAGAGCGACGGUAUCUUGUGA